GUUUGAAGAGGAUCCCUUUCCCAUGGAGGCGGUUUCCCACAAAUCUCACUAGUGAAAGAUUCCGACAUCCUUCUCCAAUCUAUACGAGAAUAGCGACCACUACCACGGCCAUGACCACGAUACCAGAAGCUGUGCAUCACCUUGAAGCAGAGGCGAUCAACGUUCUCGAGGACUACAAGAUCCGUCACUCAUCACAUCGCCCAGAAAAGUAUGAGAACACGGCCAACAAUACUGUCAUCGUAGCUGGUGUUGAACGAGAAGCGCAACCGGUCGAAUUCAACUCCACCCUAGCUCCUCAUCCCUUGGUCCCAUAUCCAGUCACAAAUCCCACUUACUGGCCACAAAGCUUUCGCCAAGUUCCUGAUUACCGGCCUAUCAACACUCGAUUGGAUUGGGACGAGAGACGGCAAAAUACGCUGUUCACUGUUGUUGGAACAAUUAUGAUUUGCGGGUGUUGGAUGGAAGCGGUCGCUUCCACCGUAUGGAGAAACACUAUCGGCGGAUACAUCAACAUCACAGCUUGGAGAAUAGGGGGAGAAUGGUAGUACAAUUCAUCAACAGGUAGUAUAACGGGGGAUUGUUUUAUAUUUUGAAAUCGUGCGCAAUGCUUCGAUGGUUCUGGACUGUAUGCUUUAGUUAAGAAUCAAGUUAUGG